AUGCCCACACUUCCCUCUAUUCCGCUGCAGCCCAACAGUCCCAUGCAGUGCCUACCUUCGCGGAUUGCCGCAGACGGAAUGAACCAUGGCUUUGCAGUCUCGGUAUGGGCUGGAGGGGUACCUCCUCGAGCUAAGGGCAUCAACAGCGUGGUGGUGACAACCAGGCAACGGGCGUGUACGAACAACACUGAUGAGCUUCCAGCAAAGGAUGUACAUGUUGUGUUUUCUGGGAGCCACGUCUUCAAAGAGUCCCGCAGGUCAUCAGCAGCGCAGCCACUGAAUGAACCAGCUGAUUGCAUCCACUCACGCCAAACUCUGGUGGUGUGCGGCGAUGCUGGCUCGUGCUCCGUGGAAAGUGGUGAUCUCUGGGAGAACCUCUUCUCCACUUUAGUCGAGCUAGAGGACGAGGAGGGAAUACUAAUCUCUUCUGAGGAAGAGGAGUCAUCGGAGGGACAGUCAACGCCGUACCAAUUGCUAACAGACGAUCGCCCGCCCGCUGCUGCUAGGGUUUUUUCACACAGCGUUGCCGCUGGCCUGGUGGACAAAGUCUCAGAUGCAGAUGCGUCUGACCUUCUGAAAGCUCUGGGACCCCGUCGAGCAGCUUAUGCAAGGCGAGUAAGCGCGGCGCUGUCUACCAGAUGCCGGUGGCGGUGUCCGUCUGACCGCCAGAGCUGCGGCAAAUGUCAAGCUCCCUGCAACUGCAUGCUGGCGACAGGCAUCACCUCUCCUUCUUCCGCUUUUUCUCUUGCUUUUUACUCGGAAGCUUUUGGGCUUUUGUUUUUCUGUAGAGACAAACUGGGCCUUGCCUCUUUGCUAGCGGUGGCCCCGAGCAACACCGGCGCAGAUGCCAGGCGCCCCAGCUUUAUCGUAGCGACGUCUGCAGCGAACAUGAGAAGCUAUGACCCUCCGAGCAGCCGUGGAGAGGGAGGCAAAGAGCGGGCCAUUGAGGUUCCAAUAGACGGGGUGUGGCUACUGGAUUUAUGGGGACUAGCGGCCGCACAGGCGUCAAUUGCUGUUGCGUUCAACUAUUCUGAAUUAACGGAAAGUGCCGAACAUUGCGGUGCUUCUCUUGUCAACAUGCCCAGUGUCUACUGCGUCUCCUGGGAGCAGCCGAGCAUCAUCCGGACGACCCACAUGUGGUGCCUAUGUGCCAUUUGCGAGGAAGCCAGAGAACAGUUUUGGAAGCGAAUGAACUGUCAGUGCAGCGUCCAGCUUGACGCGCAUGAGUGCAUUUUACCCCCAGAGAUGGACAAGCUUUGGGGAAAACUACACGGGCGCAAGGAGGAAUUCGCUGUUGCGCCUUCGGGCUUUUAUUUUCGGGGGGAGUUGACUCGACAUUACUGGCUGGAAUGGUACUGCGGGUCGUCGCAUCUAGGCGCCGGACAGGCUGACCGCAUUGCGGAGCUUCCAGGACCUGCUCAGGCUGUUGCACUCCCUAGGGGAAUUGGGUAUUUGGUGUCUCCGAACUUCGACAAGAGCGACGAAUGGCAGAAGCUUCUCCAAGAGGGUUCUCUGUGGAACGAGCUCCUAAUCCGUCCUCUUUUUCGCCGACCGCCCAGACACUGCCAGCCGGAAAAGAGCAUGCAACGCGCAGGCACCGAAGAUUCUGCAGCGCAACAGCAAGCCGCAGAUCUAGGGAAGAAACCGGCUGUUUCUGCACAUAACAGUAGACAGGACAAUGGGGCGAAAAGUGCAUGUCGGGUUUGUCGCCGACAGGCGAAGAGUGGCUGUGCUCAUGGCACAUGCAAACUAUGUUGCACAAAGUUGCAAGCUGCUGCAGUGCAGCGAGCAUCUCCUUCGCUUUCACAUACCCAGGCCUGUGAUACAAUACACGUGGGGGGGCAGGGUAAACUCAGAAUUUCUGACCUGGGCAUUGCCGCGCAUCCAUCGUGCCCGGUACACCGGAAGCCCCGGCUGCUGUACUUGAAGGAAGGUAUAGGCGAAGAUGGUGGAUCAGAUGCUUGUGGCGCAGGGCAUUCGCGCAAAUUCGAUGUUGUGUCUCCAUUUAAGUCCCUUUCUGUUCUUCCUUGUGGAGUGUCUCUGGCCACCAACGAAGCUAGACGACCCUUCAUGGCAAUGGCGCUGGAUGACCUCCACAAAUGGUGCACUUUAGAUGAACGCCGUUGGAGCUGUGUUGACAGAGUGACAGGCAAGUUGCACUUUUUAACACAGCAGGACCAGAUCUUGUAG